UGAUGUGAGAGGUCUUGGGUUUGAUCUCCCUUGGCUACAUAAUUUUUUUUUGGACUGUUAUAGGCCUAUUGCUAAAAAUAGUGACACUACUUAUGAAAAAUUCUACGUACGACAUAAGUUGUAUGAGAUAACUUUUUUAUCUCAUAAUUUUAAUUUUAUGGACCCAAAUUUUUGUGAACCUAAUAGUAUAUGAUUGGAGUCCAUAAAUUUGUGGGGUCCUAAUAGUAUUUUGUGUACAACUAAUGUCAUAUGACACAAAAUAAAACUUUUCUGCUCAAAAAAUUCAAACAACGGACACGCGUCCAGUAAAUGGAACCUCCUAGAAAAAGCAUUCCCACUUUGCUUCUACCCAGGUACAAACGUGUCGCCUUUUUUUCCUCAGUGCUUUAUACGUGACCUUUUCCCAUUGGUUCUCACUUGGCACACCAAUCACAGCAAAACUAUUUCCAUUUUCGCUGGAUAUGCUGCUUUACUAUUGGGACCCAUCUGAUCUCAUCCCACCAAUCACGGCUCUUCUCUGCUUAAGGUUUUGCCCUAGACACGUGGUGUUUCCUAACGUAACCCUACGACUAUUGCCUGUAACUAUGAUAAUCGUCUCGGCAUCCGGCUAAAGUCUAAUUUUUUUUAGUCUAAAGUCCGCUCUACGAGUGUAAAUAGAGUUAGAUAUAUAUUUUAUGGACGUCGGAAACAAUUGGGCCGGGUCUGGCUACCCCGGUGCACCUAAAGAUAUGACGAUAAUCAACAAGAUGAUGCUAAGAUUCCGGCCGAUUGCGCCGAAGCCCGUCGCUAAUUCUUCGGGCUCUGGCUCUACGAUCGAGACUCAUAAGAUUGAAGUGGUUAGCAAAAGAAGAACAAAGAGAAAGUACGUUAGAGUUAAGAAAAAUAGCAAUUACAAGAAUAAAAAAGAAAACAGAGAAAAAAAAGAAGGAUCUUUAGUUUUGGAUGAUCAUGGAACUAUUGUAACACUUCAGCUACUGCCAGAAACUAGUGGAGGAGUUAAAAACUCACCAGAGAACAGAUCUUACCCAAAAACCAUCAAUUUUUGGAUGAAUUUUGAUAAAUCUGAGAACAACGAUAUUUUAUCAGUCGGUGCACCGAAUCUGUUAGAUCAGACGGUGGAGAUGCGAUCUGCCAAGGUAGUGGAGUCAUGGGUGAUGGUUGAUGGUAUAACAAAUACUUUGGUAAGUUUAUCAGCCUUAGGAAAUACGGAUACGGAGAAGAUGAAGAAUCUGGAAGCUGACACGUGUCCAGGACUCAUAUCGGACGGCUUAGAUAGGGUACAGUGGGUGAAUCUAGCGUAUCGGAGAAUGAUAGAUCCGUUAGAAGACGGCGGAGAGCCACCGGAGAUGGUGGUGCGGUUAGUUUUGAAGGAGAAAAAAACUGUACCAUUAUUAUUAUUACCAGCUUUUGCAUGCACUGUGAGAGUUGUGUAUACAAUGAAUAAUGUGAAGCAGACAAGGACAAUGCCUUGUGACGUGUGGAAGAUGGAUUUUGGAGGAUUUGCAUGGAGAUUUGAUGCUAAAGCUGCACUUAGUUUGGGGAUUUGAAGGAAAAUAAACACUUUUAAUUCCUUCUCUCUAGCAAAAAAAGGAUAAUCCCAAGCUUGCUAUCAAGGUAAGUAUAAUAUUAUUAUACUACUCCUAUAUAUUAUGGGAACCCUAGUGAGAAAAAUAAUGAUCUCUAAAAUUUGUGCUUUUGAAGAUAAAAUCUAGGGCAAAAAUAUGCUCUUGAUCUUGUUCAAACUCUACUUCUAAGUGUAAAAAAUGUUUGUUGGAAAUGAAGAAGUGUGAAAUUGAUAACAAACUAUAUAUGGGGUUGUUAUAA